UAACGAGGCCGCGGGGAAUUCUGACCAUGAGGGAGUCUAUGGAUCCAACAACCCCAGAUUCCCGCUCGCUCAGCAACACCAAACCCACGCGAGGUUGACCGGGAAUCGAGCCAUGCCCUAGGUGGCCACAGAAGAACGACGAUGGCGCAGCGUGAUUGAUCCGGCCUCAUCGAAGUCAGAUGACUAAGGCUCAUUGACCUUUCGAAUCGAUCUCAUGGAAUUCCGACAUCACAGCAGAACAUACAGAACAUACUACAUGCUCUAUCUGACCACACUCCCGUGAUCUGUUCGCCCGCCAUGGACGACACGGCCGCCCCACCGCCGUCCUCCCAGGCGAGCAGCUCCCACUCCCCCUUCGGCCCGCUUCCGGCCUCGCUGCUGCUGGACCAGGAGCUCGCCAGGAAGGAACGCCUGCGCAGGAGGGGGAACUUGACGACCGGUUGCCGCGAGCUGGACGAGUAUGUCCUGCUGGGCGGGUUCGAGCGCGGGUCAGUCGUCGGCGUGAGCGCCGAGGAGGAGGAGAUGGGUUUGGCGAUCGGGUUUCAGAUAGUGGCACGUCUGUUGGCUAGCCAGACGUCGGCGAGGGCGAUGAUCGUUACAACGUUACCGGUGACAGUGCUGUUGCCAAAGCUACGGCGGGCACUGUUGGGACAGCUCGGUGCGCCGCGUGGAGGUUUGGUGCAGGAUCACCAGUCCCGAGUCCGGGAAUGCCUGGAGAGGAUCUCCAUUGCUCGGGUUUUUGACAUUGAAGGGCUCAGGGAGGUCCUCGCUGAGAUGGAAGACGGCGUCCGCGAGGCAGAUACUCGGAGCUCACAACCUGUGGGAGGUGGGGUGGUUGGCCAGGAGCCAGCCGCAGGCGCCGCGACAAAAGAAGCAACCGAGGGCGAAAAGCGCCACACUACCGAGGUUCUCGACAGCGAAGGCGAAGAUGGCCUCUCCUCCCCAGAGCCAACGCCAAAUACAGACCCGGCACUUCCGCCCAACAAGCCCCAUCACGACGGGAGGCCAGACACCGCUGAACCGACCCCGUCGUCCGCCGCCCUCCCAGAUCUCAUCCUCAUCACCCACACCUCGACCCUCCUCAGCGCGCUCUUCACCGGCCGCGACAAGGACGUCGCCCACAACACGAUGCUCCAGCUCUCCUCCCACCUCCGCUCCCUGACCCGGUCUUCGUCGCACAGCACACCACCGCUAAUCCUGUUCCUCAACUCCACAAACGCGCCGUCGUCGUCGCAGUAUCACAGCAGCGACAGCCCUUCCGCGCCCGCGGAAGCAGCAGCCCCGGUGGGCCAGACCAGACCGCCCAAGCAGCAGGACCCAACCCUCCGGUCCAUCUUCAACCCGCCGCCGCCACCACCAGCACAGGGGUACCACGGCUUCGCCGCCGCCGCCCGACGCAGCAAGCCGGCGUUUGGGCUGGUGUUUGCCCAGAUGCUGGACUUGCACCUGCUGUGCACGCGCGUGCCGCGGACGAGGGCCGAUGUCGCGGCCCUGGUGGCCAGUCCCGGGGCGUGGGCUGCGAGGGAGAGCGUGACAUCUGUGUGGGUGGUGGAGGUUUUGUUGGACGAGAUUGGGGUGUACGGGAAGGGCGCGGAUGGCGGUUGCGACUGGGGAGAGUGGCGGAGCAGGGAGCAGCGGUGGGGUGUGGUGGAUGCUGAUGCGGAGGGGAGGGUUGUGGAUGCGGUGAUUCCUUGAGUAUGGGAGAGACAGCUACUAUGUCCUCCAACCCGACACAAAACGGGCUCCCCGAAUGAGAACGAAACUGACACAUCUACAAGUCAUCCCCGCCUCCGCGUCUGCCAUCCUCCUCCUCCUCCUCCGCCUUGUCCUCCAGAUACGGCUCCAGUCUGCUCUUCAGCACCUCGACACUCAUCUCCUCCGC